AUGCAUAUAAGCACACUGACAAAAAAUCCAAGGCUAUGGCACUCGCGCCAACGCACGUGGGCCCCUCCAUCUGCGCGUGUGGGCAUCGGCGACGCCGGCGGCAGCGAACCACGCGGCAACAACAGCGGCAAAUGCUGGCUCGUGGGUGCGGGCCCUGGGCCCGCCGACCUGCUGACGCUGCGCGCCGUGCGCGCCUUGGAAGCAGCAGAUGUCGUAAUUUACGACGACCUGGGCGCCCAGGAGGCACUUGCCCUGGCGCCCGCCGCGGCGGAGCGUGUGUACGUCGGAAAGCGCGGCGGGCGGCCCUCCAUAAAGCAGCCGGAGAUCGAUCGACUGCUGGUGGACAAGACGCAGCAGGCGCGUGCGCGCGAGCGGGCCCGCGGGCGCCUCUCGGCCAGCCGCGCCAGUGUCCCCGCCCGGCAUUGCCUCGUCGCCUUUGGUCUGGGCUUCCCCGCCCAGCGGAGCCGCGGCGCUCUGGGCGCCGUCGAUGUGUAUGCCGUCAGUCCCUGCCUGUCCCAAGCACACCCUUCUUACUGCGCCCGCGCCCGCCGCGCCGCGCAGGGCCUGCGUGUGGUGCGCCUUAAGGGCGGCUGCCCCUCCGUCUUCAGCCGCGUGUCCAGCGAGCUGCGGGCGCUGGCCGCCGCCGGCUGCGCCGCCGAGCUCGUCCCGGGGGUCAGCUCCGCCCUCGCCGCGCCGCUCUUUGCGGGCUUCCCACUCACCGACGCCGCCGUCGGCCGCAGCUUCGCGGUGACUACCGGCCAUGACGUGGCCGGCACCGACUGGGCGGCGCUCGCGGGGGCCGACACGCUGGUCGUCCUGAUGGGCGGCGCCGCGCUGCCCGAGAUCGCUGAGCGCCUGGUCGCGCUGGGCAAGCCCCGGGGCACGCCGGUGGCGGUCAUCAGGGCGGCAGGCACUCUGGAGCAGCGCGUGUGGCGGUCGCGGCUGGACCGGGUCGCGGCGGACACGGCCGGCCUCAAGCUGUCGCCCUGCAUCAUCGUCGUCGGCGAGGUGGCGGCGGGCGCCGGCGCGGCCGCCGAGCCUGGCCCCCCGGGCGGCGGCGGCGGCGGUGGAGAGGGGUGA